GUCACUGCCUCUGCUAGUACUGCUAGCUUCGGCUCUGUGAAUGAAGAGGGCGUCCUACACAUCAGGCAGCCAUGGUUUAAAGGAGCACAAAACAAACAAACAAACGAAAUGCAACGAAUAUAAAGGACGGCUGUCUCUUUUUAGGCUGCAAGGAGUUCAUUCAUUUCCCCAUAGCCGAGGUUUGACCACAACACUGUGACAUCCCAUUAUCAGACUUUGGGAACCAUUCCCUUGGAGGCUAUCUUGGACAUCAAAUAAUAAUCAUGAACGCCCAUGAAUCAGACGUGCACACCAUCUCCCCAGAGCUGCCGGCGAUGUUCGACGGCAUGAAGCUAGCCGCAGUUGCCACGGUGCUCUAUGUCAUCGUCCGCUGUUUGAACCUUAAGAGCCCCACAGCUCCGCCGGACCUCACCUACCAAGAUACUCCUCUCAACCGCUUCCUGCUCAAGUCCUGUCCUCAGCUGACCAAAGAGUACAUUCCUCCCUUACUGUGGGGCAAGAGUGGUCACCUUCAGACGGCUUUGUAUGGGAAACUUGGUCGGGUGAGUUCUCCUCACCCCAGCGGAAUCAGAAAGUACUUACCCAUGCAGGAUGGGGCCACUGCAACCUUUGACCUGUUUGAGCCAGUAGGGGAACAUCGAAUAGGAGAUGACAUCACCAUGGUGAUAUGCCCUGGAAUUGGUAACCAUAGUGAGAAGCAUUACGUUCGGACCUUUGUUGAUUAUGCCCAGAAGGACGGAUACCGCUGUGCUGUGCUGAACCACCUGGGAGCGCUUCCCAACAUCGAGCUGACCUCCCCGCGUAUGUUUACCUACGGGUGCACAUGGGAGUUUGCAUCCAUGGUCGGCUACAUUAAGCGGGCGUAUCCUCAGACCCAGCUGGUCGUGGUUGGCUUCAGUCUGGGUGGAAACAUCGUGUGCAAGUUUCUGGGAGAGAACAGGGUAAACCAGGAGCGAGUGCUGUGUUGUGUCAGCGUCUGUCAGGGGUACAGUGCUCUCAGGGCCCAGGAAACAUUCCUACAGUGGGACCAGUUUAGACGAUUUUAUAAUUUUCUCAUGGCUGACAACAUGAAGAAAAUCAUCCUCUCACACAGGCACAGUUUGUUUGGAGGGAGUUCGAUUAAAACGAUAGAUGCAGACCUUGGGCGGCUUUGGACUGCAACAUCCCUCAUGCAGAUCGAUGACAAUAUCAUGAGAAAAUUCCACGGCCACAAUUCUCUCAAAGAGUACUAUGAGAAGGAGAGUUGUGUACAUUAUAUCCACAAUGUCAAGGUGCCAUUGCUGCUGGUGAACUCUUCAGAUGAUCCUCUGGUUCAUGAUUCACUUCUCACCAUCCCUCGCACAUUAGCAGCAAAGAUGCCGAAUGUGAUCUUUUCCCUGACGCUACACGGAGGCCACCUGGGCUUCUUCGAGGGCGCGGUGCUCUUCCCUCAGCCCCUCACCUGGAUGGACAAAGUGAUUUCCUACUGUCCAAGCACUGAGGAGACACCUGAACUGAACCUGAAACUCUUUUCUCUGCCUUCUCCUCGGGUGCACAAACACAACUCUCCACGCCUUCACCACAGAUCCUCUUCAAUCACCGCCACCUUACAGUAUGUGAAGGAAUAAAAACUAACUGCCUUUGUGCUCUUCUCUGUGGGAAAGACUUUGAAUUCAUAAAAGGGACUUCUUUUAGUGAACACAACAAAGAUCCUUGGCUAAUGGAGGUUUUGACCAAAUAUGACAAACAUUAAAUUAAGUCGGCUUUGAAAAGAAAGUGAGAGCACCACUUUAGAGUAGGUCUGUGACAAACAAGAGCACACAAAAAGCCUCCUAUAACUGUAAAAAAAAAAAAGAAAUGUGCUGCAGCCGGUGCCUACUUACUGCACCUGUAAGAAGCUCACUGCUUAUCACCGCCAAGGCCAUGUAGCCUAGUCUGCUGUCUUAACCAACACAGCGUCUUUGUAGUAUGUAUGCGUGUGUUACUCACAGCAGUAGUGUGUAUGUGUCCGUGUGCGCCUGUGUAGACCGAGAGUUAGAGACCCGUGACGGAGCAUGUGAUAUGGUGUUUGGUAGGUGUGAUCCAAAUUCUCUGUUGGUGGUCUGUCGGCCCCAUUCUGUCUGUUCUUCUGAGUGAACUGUCGUUCUUUUAUUUAGUAGGAAAUGUACAGUAGAGAAAAUAAGUAUUACAGUGGGAUAUUACAUAUUAUUUCAUCCUCCUGGCACUUGUGUUUGGCACUUAAAAUGAAAGCAUGCCAGGCAUGAGCAGGGAUCAACCCCAGAAGGGAACCAUCAUGCACAUUCCCACAGUCGCAUUUUAUCACUUUGAUUCAAUGCACUUUACAGCCCAUUGGACACAUCUUUUUCCCUUUUUAGUUUCCUCAUUAUUUGAUGCACAUGCAAGGAGAUUGUAAGUGAUUUAGCACUCCUUGUUAGUGAUAGAAAGAACUGGAGGGAGCAAGGAUGAUAACACAAAGUUAGAUGACUCAAAUGUUCCCUGUGCAGGCUUUUGUCCAUGUCUUCGAGCCCUUGUACUUUUUCAUUGGCCUUUGAUCAGCUGCAGAUCCAGCCAAGACUCUGAUAUCCUUCUUACUGCACAGAUACAGACCUGCUAGAAAACAUACUAGAAAAAUACCUCAUUAGGUGUCAACAUCUGAGUACACUUUAGCAUUUUCCUGCGGAAUUUUCUGUAUUGUCUGACUUGGGGAAAUGCACCUGAUUGGCUCACAUGGGGCUGCUUUUCAAAGGGGGUUCAGCAGCAGUUUAUUGUCUUAUAAUCUGAGCUGUGAGGUGUGAUAAGUAGGAGGGCAGAGGAUACCAACGUUAAACCAAAUCUUUUAUAUCAUUAGAUUGUUCGUAGAAUAUUAGUGAUUGUUAAUAUUGUGUAAAAGGACGUAGAGCAUUGCAUGCAAGAGAGAUGAGACAGAAUUUGACACAAGGGAAUAUUUUUAUUUUUAAGACUGCAUCUCUUGUUUUCUUGUUUUGGCUGCUGAAGCUGCAGCAGCACAGCAGGGUGGAGUUUAACACUGCUGAGAAUCCAUCUCAAAUGUGUCUUGAUGAAAUAGCACUGCAAAAAUGGGACCUAUUUCUUUUCAAAAACCGGGAGCUGUUAGUGAGCUUUGAUGCAAGGGCUCAGGAAGCUUCUUCCACUCCAGCCAAGUAAUCUGAAACACUGUGACGUGACAGAUGGAUGGUUUGAAAUGAUGAGGAGAUACAACAGCUUGUGCUGUGAGCAUUUGAUGGUACUUUUAAGGGGUUGUGAAUCACAUGAAAAUCUAACUUACUAGACAAGUCAUAAAACAGCUCAGACAAUUAAAAUCUGUUAUUGCCAAAAAUUCUAUCAAACAAGCCGAUGUUAAUACUCAGAGGGCACUGGCUUAUUAUGACCAGAGUAUAUUUACCAUGAGCCUCUAAAUUUAUUCUUAAUUUCAAAGUUAGUCAUAAUAAAAGUUUGGGUUUACAUUUGGGAAAACAAAUUUUGCAAUUAAUGAUUCAAACAAUUAAAAGGGUGAAGAAAAGACAGAUAAAUCCCUAUUAUGUGUAACUAGAAGAAAAAUUCCCCUGUGUUUUUUUUGUUUUGUUUUGUUUUGUUUUGUUUUGUUCCAAAGGCUGUUUGCCAUAAAAAAUAUAGAAUAGCAGUAAAUGCUGGUACACAUCCUGCUUGAUCUAGCAAUAUUUGAUGUUAUUCUUAAUCAGAGACGGAAAUAAUGGAACUAUUGAAAAAAUAAUGAUAAUUUGGAUGUUGUCUUUUGAGCCAAAAAAAGAAGAGAUUAGUUGCUUAAUCUACUCAUUAAUUAAGCAACUGUUUUACAGAUUCUUUGUUCCCUUGAAGUUUGAUUUGGUUGUUCUUUGGCUGAAGGAUGAAUUACCUACCUUCGUCUCUCAGCCUCUCUGAUUGGCCAAUCUUUAAAGACCCUGUAAAGUGAAAUCCAAACUUUGUCUCUUAACACUCUAGAAAUGUUGGAAUAUGGCUGCUGUAAACGUGAAAAUACUGAGAUAUACAUGUGACUGAAUUUUGGAUUUAGACCAUUAGAAAGUUUUUCACCUCUUUCCUGGCUGGGUUUCAUGUGGGCAGGGCCAAUAUAUGGGCUGAUGAUGUCACGAGCCCACAGUGGGGAAUGACCCCGCCCCUCUAACACUACAAUAUAAAAUCACAGAGCAGUUCAUCUCAAUACAGUCUGUUGUUAGCUGAUGUCACUGCCUUUACUGAAAGUUAACAGUCAGUUAAAUGCUGGGUUUUUUCGUUCAUUGUGAGAUAAAUUUGCCAAAUCUAUCAGCCACAGUGGUCUAUGGAUCAUUUAAAGUAUAACAGAGAUUUGAGCCAGAAAUAAAACUUUGUCUCGUCUCUGGCACAGAGCCAGGCAGCUGCGCUCUGACCAUAAGGUCAAAAGGCAGGAUUAUGGUGUGAGAGCUUUCCUCCAUUCAGAUCAUAACAUUUUUUAAAUUUGAGAGAAUUGUAUUUCUCCUGAGUGGGCGGGGCUUCAGCUCAUUCAACAGACAUGCCCACACCAUCCUGGAGCAGAAUUUACGGCCUCA